AUGAGUGACAUAACAACUAAUAAAAUUCAUAAUGAAGAGUUCAAGAUCUGGAAGAAAUCAAUUCCCUCGUUGUAUCAACACAUAUCGACCUUCAAGCCUUCUUUUACAUCUCGAAUUGAGGGGAUAGAAAAAAUCCCUAAGAACGUGGUAUUUACACAUAAGGUUGUCCCGGACAAAGAAAAAGGCACACUAACGACAUCGCUGCUGUGCACUCAGGGGAGCGAUGUCUACGAGGUGGAUUGCCAACUACCUCUAGGUCUGCACACCACAUCUGAGAAACUGCCAGAGCCUCACUACGAUACCGCUUUCUCUUCCCUCACUUCGACGACGUUGGUGCCAAAAUGGACUUACCAAGGAGAGACCAUCACAAAAUUGGAAUAUGUGGGUUCUCCGGACUGUGAGUUUAUUGCAAUGGCAUCCAACGGGUCAUUGGCAUGGUUCAAGGAAGGAUGCAAAGUUCCUGUGCAUGUCAUGGCUGAAAUGAUGGGUCCAUCUACUAGUUUUUCUAUGAUCCAUCUUCAGAAGAAGCGUAAUGAGAUAAUCGCCGAUUUCGCUGUCUCACAAGACACAGAAACUGUCGUGAAGUCACAACAGAGUAUGAUGAAUGGUGGGAGUGGCGAGCACAGCAUCUUAAAAAUUGUUGACAACUGUCAAUCACCCGGUGAUCUACUACGUACCAUUCCCGUGGAAGGAACUACCGUCACGCACACUGUUAAGUUCCACGACAACCAUAUGUUCAGCACGUGUUCAGAUGACAACAGGUUGAGGUUUUAUGACACAAGAGGCAAUGGAAAACCGAUCUGGAGUGUUUGUGAUCCCAAUGACGGAAGAUUGACUUGUUUUGAUGUUUCCCCUGUUAUGGAGACGAUGUUCAUAACCGGUUCUAGCACAGGUUUCUUGAAGCUGUGGGAUUUGCGUUCUAUUGCAGCUGCUACUGCUGAACAAGAGGAACCUACAGAGAUUGUCAGCCUCUACCAUUCUGGUGGUGAUUCCGUCGAGGAUGUAAAGUUUGGCGUCUCAUCACCCACGGAGUUUUUAUCAGUUGGAGGUAGUGGCAAUGUCUACCACUGGGACCUCGAAUAUUUAUUCGCUCGUGAAAAUGAGAAUGAUGACGAUGUGGCCGACUCUGAGGAAUUGCAACAGCAAUGCCUGAAAUUUAUGCACACCGGCGGUGGGAGGAGAUCCAUCGGAGACUUAAAUAAGAGGGGCACAGCUACUUGGCAUCCAAUCAUUGAUGGAGUUGUCGGUUGCGUCGAUGCAGACGGUUUGUUGACCGUCUAUAAGGGUUUCAUUGGAAGAGAAGAUGACGAUGAACAAUCACAAGGCGAUGCGGAGGAAUUACAGGAAUAA